GAAAAGUGCUCGGCUCCGCGUUUACUGGCGCGCUCACAGAGCGGAGGACCAAUCAGAGCGCGCCGGUGAGGUCGCGAGCGCAGUUCCGUGAAACGCGCUGCGCAGGCAGACGCUCCUCCACAAAAGCCGUUUCUCGGAAAGCGUUUCCCGGUGCUCUUCUUUCCCAAAGACGCUGAGCACUUCUCACGUUCGGGGAGCUCUUCAGACGGAGCGACGUGUGCUUGUACUGCUGACUAGCUGAGCGCGUGAAUUGGUGCACCGGUUGGUCGCCAUUACACCAGUGAAGGAUGUCAGCUUUGACUUGGACUGUUGUUUGUGUAAUUCAGCAUCUUUAAAGCGGUAAAAAAAAAAAUUCUCAUCACCCACCGGGGAUAGAACAGUUCCCAAUUAAUUCGGGAUGCUCGUGUGUGUGCAAAGGAUUCCAAUCCCACCUUCAGCGAUGGUUACUGGAGAGAUGAGAGUUACAGACAAUGCAGAAGUAUCAGAAAGUCCCUGUAACCAGCCGGUCUCGGUUUCUGCUCAGCCGUGGGACUCGUUCGAAAACCUGCGAUGCAUCCACGUUACAUUUCAGCACCUGAAUGCCUCAGGCUGGUACUGGGGGAACAUUUCAGCCAGCCAGGCUGGAGACGCUCUGGCAGGCACAGCAGAGGGCACGUUCCUCGUGCGCGACAGCAGCCACACACACUACUUCUUCACCCUCUCUGUGAAGACGAACAGAGGCCCCACCAACGUCCGCAUCGAGUACAGUGGCAACCGCUUCCGCCUGGACUACAGUUCUGGCACCUGUCCUCGGGUGAUGUCCUUCCCCACUGUGUCCGAUCUGGUGCAGCACUACGUGGGCACCAGCAGGAGAAAGGCGAGAGCUAAGCCAGAGGAAGAUACUUCAGCAGCACUGAAGGACAAUGCAGUUCUGCUGAAGCUCAGGCAGCCUCUGUAUAAACCCAAAACCUUCCCCACGUUACAGCACUUGGUCCGCCUCACCAUAAACAGACACACAAACUGCCCAGAACAGCUGCCCCUACCACGUCUUCUGCUGCUCUACUUACAGAGCUACCCCUUCAAAGUAUAACACUGACAUCAUGCUUAGAUUGGGUUCAGAAGGCAAAAUGUACUGCAUAUAGUGUCUCUUCUCCUGAAAGAGAACACUGGAUAAGCAUUUAAAUGACGCAGCAGCUGUGUGCAAUAGGACUGUGGGUGCUGCUAAAGAUUGGCACCGAAUCCCAAAGUGCACACUGAGAAGUGUGUUGUGACAUUCAGGCCUGAGGCCAGUGAAUGAAAGCUGAACUGAGAAUAAUUAGUUCUGAGACAGAAAGCACUUAUUUGAAUAUUACAAAAUUGAGUCUAAAUAUUUAGUGACCACAUAAUCGUUCACAUUCAAAACAUGUAUUGGAGUAUAUCACAAACCAAACCUCAACUAUCAGUACUGAGAUCUAUUACAUGACUCACCAUGGCAAAUAUCUGAUGUAUUUAAUUGUGUGCCAAACACUUAUCUGGAUUUCCAAAUAAGUAUUGUGAGGGCAGUUAUGAAGGGCCGGGGUGUGAGAGCAAAAUUUCAUGCACACUCUCAGAGACAAUGACAGUUAUAGAAAGUGAGUGACUUUCGAUUAGCAGGUCAGUAGGCCCUGCCUUUGUUCUGUCUGCCUGUGAAUCACAGGCUAGUAAUGAGGAGCUACUUCCUGCAUCCUGUUUACAAAUGAACAAAAUUUGUUCAGCUCAAAGUUCCUGUAUGUAUUACUGUCUGUACACCUUUUCAGUUUUUAGUAAAAUAUUUCAAUGAAACUUUGCAUUUUGUUCAUCAAAACAGGAAAAAAAGAUCUUAUAUGACAAGUUCCUAUACUAAUUUAUUAAUAUAUACUAAUAUAUUUUCUUUACAUUUUACCUUUUGGAAGGUGUGGUUUUUUUUUUUUGUUCAUGUUUUUACAUCUUUUAUAACCCUGUUUACGAGCUGGUAGUGUAAUCUAUAAGCCUGCUCUUGAAAGUAGGUCAACUCAGUAUGUCCUGACACAUCACUGGAAUCAGACACUGAUGACAUCAUUCAACAUUUCCAAGUACACUUAGAUUUUAUCAACUGCUAUCAACUGCUACUUUCUUAGAGUUCAGUGGUGGUUUAGAUAUAUGCAUGUUUUCAAUAAAACAUUGAAAUUACA